UGCUUCCGAAAACCUCCAAGUCAAUAAAAUUUAGCAUUCCUUUUUGGCAACAUACGAGUGAAAAAAAUUACACAGGUCAAGUUUUUUCACCUCUUUUGUUUUUAAAUUUGAUAAAAUUCCAUUUUUUUUCCUAAAAUGUUGGCCUCUAAAGGAGAACUCGAUGCUCUGAUAACCUAACGGUAAAUCAUGCCAUUCAACUGAGUACAUUUCUUUCGUUUGAAAUGUACUAAAUGAGUAUUCUGUGAUAAAUUUACCCCAUAAUGACCACGUUCCACGAAACCGUGUGCAUAUGUACAAUUUAUAUAUUAGUCAAUCACGUCACAAAUCAGUAUGCUUUUCACUUGGGGCAAGCACAAGUUCGACGAAAAGCUCCUCAAAAUAACGACGUGCAUUUAGAAGCCAACGCUCUGAACGAUCUUGUACUGCAAAAAAUAGAUUACUUGCAACAGGUAUCUCAUCAGAAGGCACAGCAUUCGAUACAUCAACAAGACAAUCAUGUUCAGAAACCCCAGCACGUCAAUUACAAAGAACCUUUACAAUUUCAUCACGACUCAGUCCAUCUUUUAGCCAAAUCGCAAUUUAAAAUUGACCCUAGAGAUAACGUUAUUUCUAAUCUGCACCCUCAGAAUGAGCCCAAUAUCCAGGAGAUCCACGAUCAUCCUCUAUCUAACAGAAAAGUCGCCGGAAUACGUAUGCAAAGGGUUGGUAUCACCGGCAGCAGACAAACCUUUAAGCAUUUUCGAUACAGUCGUAUACGUCGUUAUUACACCCUUUCCACGGCCAGUAUGACCACUUGGAAAAAAUUAAAUUACACGACUAGACUCAUGUACACGACACCAACCACUCGAUCGUCUCCUGUCCGAUUCACAUACCCGGAGAACUUUGGGGCUUCCAGGCGUGAAACGGUACUCCAUACAAGGAUGACCGAGAGCGAUGAAAUCGGCAGAGAUCGAUUCAUGUCCGGAUCUAUCGAAUACAGAGACGAUUCUUUCGAUAAACCACCCACCGCUAUGGUCGCCUACGACUCGGCUCAGGCCUCUACCAGAACCACAGCAGCCCUUCCCCCUACAGACACGACCCCAGCCCCGACCCAAUCGACUAAGAAAAUCUCCAGCGAAUUGAUUUCCUUGGAGAGCUCCUCCGAAGAGAAACCUUCAUCGUCCGAAGACAAAGAAGAAGUACCUAGUUCUGCAGAAAGCGAAGACUACGGUAACGAGAAAAUAUACGGAGAAUACGGAUAUCAUAGGAAAUACAACAAUACGCCGAUUCCGAUCACCAUUCUAACAUACGCCAAUUUAGGCGAAGUACCGGACUUCACCAUCGAGAAUUUAACCAGUAAAGAAAUAGCCUACUGGGAAGCGAACGCUUCGUUCAUCAUGGACAAAUACUUCCCCUCAUCUGAACUCGAAGUGGUUAGUAAUUACAGCGAAGAAAACCUCGUACGAUCAUUUUUCUACCACGAAAACAUCGAGCCUCGAUAUUUAAGCUUUUACAAAUGGUACUACAAAGUUCUCACUGAUCCGGAACGUUUACGAGUGGUUUACAACAGAACGGUGCUGGAAGAGCCAGAUUACAAGAAUUUAAGUCAAUAUACUCCGUUUGCCAUACCCGACGAUCUGCAAAGGUAUUACAUGUUCAUUAAUCAAAUGGAAACCGAAAUCGAACGAGAGAAACUCCAAGAAGAACGUAAUCUCAAUACGCAAAGAGAAGCUGAGCAGAAUCUCGAUAGGAUAUUGGGCGAUGGUAUGGGCGGUGGAGGAGGUCGAACCGAGGGACCUGAUUUUAGAUUAGCUCGAAAGGCGAAGAAAAAAGGCGACCUGGAUGUUUCGCAGAUUUUAGAAAUGGUCGAACAUCCGCCUGAAGAUUCAUUGAUGGAGAACGACAAUGAAAGUUUUGAAGGUUUUAUCGACGCUAGUAGGUAUAAAAGAGAUGUUUCCAAAUUUGAACCUGAUUAGAGACGGAAUGACCAGCAGGAAAAUCUGACUGUAUAUAGAUGUGUUUUGAAUAAGCGAACAAAAAUGGUCGUAUCUUUUCUCGAUUGUUUUGUUAUUACCUCGCCAUUUCUUGGACUAUCUCGAUGACCUUUUUACCUCAGUAUUGUGUCUCUUAUAGAGGCACUAAGGUAAAUGAUACCCGCGUGUAGUUUUUAAAUUAUGUAUACCAAUUUUUGUAAUCUGUAUUAAAUUUCAAUUUGUGUUGAUUA